GCGCCCGCUCGCCUCCGCCCGCCCCGUACGGAACAUGGCGGGGUCGGUGGCCGACGGCGACGCGGUCGUGAAACUGGACGAUGGGCACUUGAACAACUCCCUGGGUUCUCCGGUUCAAGCCGAUGUGUACUUCCCACGACUGAUAGUUCCCUUUUGUGGACACAUUAAAGGUGGCAUGAGACCGGGCAAGAAGGUACUGGUGAUGGGCAUCGUCGACCUCAACCCGGAGAGCUUUGCCAUCAGCUUAACCUGCGGGGACUCGGAAGAUCCCCCCGCCGAUGUGGCCAUUGAGCUCAAGGCAGUGUUCACAGAACGGCAGCUGCUCAGAAACUCCUGCAUAUCCGGGGAAAGAGGCGAAGAGCAGUCGGCCAUCCCUUACUUUCCGUUCAUCCCAGACCAGCCAUUCAGGGUGGAAAUUCUUUGUGAGCACCCGCGUUUCAGAGUGUUUGUGGAUGGACACCAGCUUUUUGAUUUCUACCAUCGCAUCCAAACGUUGUCUGCCAUUGAUACCAUAAAGAUCAACGGGGACCUCCAGAUCACCAAGCUUGGCUGACGGGAUGUGAAGCGCUCCUGUCUGGUACCACAGCCGCGGAGCUGUCAGUCUGGAGGAAGUAACCUAGCAACGUCUGGAGACUUGCAAACACAAGGCAAGCUUCACUGUCUCGCCUUUCUGUGCACUUUAAAUCCAGGAUGACAGCCUCGUCAGUGGUUUGCCCAGAGGAAGACAGCUUUUGGACAAAGACACCGAGCCAUUACUCCAAACAAUGUAACACUUGGAUGUUGGACCUUCUUUUUCUUUUUUCAGACUCAAGUGAGAUGGAUUUGUGAUGAUUUGUGAUUUGGUAGCAAAUUAUUCAUCAUUUCAAUGCAAGAUGAUGUUUAGAAAUAAAAGUGCUAAAAGACAUUAAGAGCAACAACGGUACAUCAGAAUCAGUGCAUUUCAGCACUGAAGUGGAAUUGUGUAGCACAACCGACAUUUUAGUCAGGGUAUUUACAUAGAAUGUAGGUUGUUCAAAGUUUGGUUUCGUUUUGUUUUGUUUUCUUGCGGGUUUUUUUUUUUUCUUUUUGCACAGCGUAUUGUUAACUUUUCAAAACUCGUAUUUAUUUAUAUUUGAUGUAUGUAUUAAUGUAUCAGAGGAUAAGCAGUAUCUGCAAAUUAUGAGCUUAGGUCUGAGGGGGGAUUAUAGAUUGUAAUCAUAAAACAGGUAAGUCUGUACCUUAAAGAAUUAGGUCAUAGUCUUCAUAUCCCUAAUCUUAGACUUUCUUAAUAUAAAUUGCUAUAAGUGCUUUUGGGAAAAAUUUGCAGUAUUUCUAUAAAACUGCUUUUCAGAUUUUUGUCGAUUAUGUGAAAUUCUGUUUAUAUUGCUUUUUCUCUUUACUGUGAGUUAACACAGUAUUGGCUCUCUUAAGAUUAACUACUCCUUAGGUUUACAUAAUAGCUCAUUAAGUUGUUACUAAAUUAAUUGAAAGCAUAUAACAGGUGAUUGCAUAGACAAUUUUUAAAGUAACAAUCAUGUAAACUUCGAAAUAGUAUAAUAUGUUAUAGUAAAAAGGAUUCUGGCUGGACAUGGUGGUGCACGCCUUUAAUCCCAGCAUUUGGGAGGUCAAGGUAGGAGGAUCGCUGUGAGUUUGAGGCCAGCCUGAGACUAUAUAGUGAAUUCUAGGUCAGCCUGGGCUAGAGCAAGAUUCUAUCUCAAAGGGGGAAAGAAAAAAACCCAAAAAACAAUGAUUCUGGAAUGCAAUGUAAAGCAGAAUCAAAUUGCCCAAAUCACUCACUUUGAAAUAAUUUAUAUCAACUUGAGCUGCGAGUUCAUUGUUUAACUUUUCUUAUGAAGCCCUCCCCAGGGUCCCUAAGCGAUGUCUUUGGAUCUUCAGUGAAGACUUCCUCUGUGAUGGCUUGGGGGAGGUAGAAUAAGAUGGGAUCCAGAUUUUAUGAAAAGAUCCACGUAGUCUAUCUCAAAGGUUACCUCUUGGGACUCCAAGUCUCUGAGACCAGCCAACAGUAUAAAUGCUUCCAAUGAAAUCAUGCUGCCCACACUUGUGGAACUGAUCAAGUAUUAGUCUCCAGGCAAAGGCUAUGCACUUGUAAUAGUCACUGAAAGGCUAGGGAAACCCUAGGCAUUGAAUUUUUUUAAAAAAGGGGGAAAAAGGUGCUUUUGCCCCAAAGAAAAAGACCAUUAGCAUUGCUUUGUCCGGGUAGUGGGGGAAGAAAGAGGCGCUGGGGUGAGGGUAUAUUUAUAUAUAAUUUAGGUUUUGUUUGAGCAGUGAACUGCAUCUUGUCAGGACAACUCCUUGUCCAGCUUUGCUUUUCAACUUUUUCUUUUACGUGACACGCAGAGGCACUGAAGUGGCCUCCUUGUUUCCAUGUGGUGAAAAUGGAGACAGUGUUUCAGUACCAAAGUCUAAGCUAAAUAAAUGAAAAUAGUGAAAUUUUUUUACAGAUGAUAUAUUUGGAUUCUUCUCAACUUAGAAACUGUCCCGCACAGUUCGAUGGUGUCAUAUGCAAAGACACUUUCCCCGCCACAGCUGGCUGCACAUUGACCAGCUUUACUGACCAGCCGGCUUGUUUGACCGCCACUGGGCUGUUCCGCGGCUCCGGGUGUUCUCAAGCCUGUGAUGAUGUUCUCACGGCUUAUAAGCCACUUCUGAGGAAUGUUCAUCAAGACACUUAGGAGGCAUCCUGCAAUAUGUCUGUAAGGGCUUUGAUUCAACUCAGGGGGUAAGACCCGAGGGGAGGGCUCUUGUGAGUGGCCAAGCGUACAUAAGUUAGUGGAAUCUAGAAGAACCGGGAACACAAGUGUUGGAAGUGACCUGUCAGGUAACUCAUCAGCACUCUAGCCCUUAGGUGGCUUAGUGUGACAAUGCAGUGUUAACCCUUUGUUUCCUCAAAAUUCGGUGGGCUCCUGCGGUCCACCCCCUGCGAUUCCGGAUAGCUGCGUGAACGGCGGCGCACGCGGGGAUUGCAGGACAGGACGCGCAGUUCGGAGCUUCACAGGAAAGAAAGUAUUUGCGUAUGUAAGGAGUUAUUUUUGACCAGAGUCCCAGUUUUACCAUAUCCAAAACCAAAGGUGAACAAUCAGACUCUGGGGAAGUGAACAGCAGGCUCUUGACAAUCUCUGCAGCAAAUUGCAGUGAACGCGUGUAACCACAAAGCUCAUAGAAACCACUUCUACUUUUUGAGCUAUCCCAGAAUUGUCUUAAAGUGUUUUUUUUUUUAAUCUUUUUUAAAUUUUGAAGCCCCAUUGCAAACCUUACCAACUUCAGUUCAAAAAUAGAUCACUCUUAACAGUGGAUGGUGUAUUAAAUGGCCAAUCCAUUUGUUUUUGAAAGCAAGUGUCUAAAAGAGGGAGAGGCCUUGUUGCCUUGAGAGAAGCUACCUUGGCAUUUCCGGCAUUAAUAGAGAAGUAAUGUUCCUAUAAGAUAUUUUCAAAAAAACAAAAAAACCACUUUCUUAUUUACUGUGUGGUGUAAAAUAUUAAAUGUGUUGUUACUCAUGUCACUGCUGAGAAGCAUUUGCACUAUAAUAAAGGAAUUUUCUACAA